CUAUAUAUACGCUCUUUUCGCUGAUCGCAGCGUACGCCCAUCGUUCCGAUCAGCUUAACUCUGCUCACCGUUCACGAUGCCGAGAGCGCUCCUGGAGUCCACGGCGGCGGCGGCGUGGGGCUUCCUGCCGCCGUGGCUCGCGGCGCUCGGCAUGGUUGUGGCGUCGGUCUGGAUCGUCUCGUUCGCCGUGUUCGUGUGCGGCCGCAGCAGCUCACGCGACGACGACGACGACGUCCCCAAGAAGAAGCCCGCCCCUGCUGCCACCGCCCCGGAGGCGACCAGGUUCGCGAGUGUCGCCCCGGCCCCGAAGACGAGCACGCCCGCGAGUUUCGCCACGCCCUCCAUGGCGAGCCGGCCCGCAAGUGUCGCCACGGCCCCAAAGACGAGAACGCCUGCGAGUUUCGCCGCGGCCCCGAUGACGAGCACGCCCGCGAGUGUCGCCACGGCUCCGAUGGCGAGCCGACCCGCGAGUGUCGCCGCAGCAGCGAAGGCGAGCACGCCCGUUAAUGUCGCCACGGACCCGACGUCGAGAUGGCCCGUGAGUGUCGCCACGGUCCCGAUGGCGAGCCGACCCGCGAGUGUCGCCACGGCCCCGAAGGCGAGCACGCCCGUGAGUGUCGCCACGGACCCGAAGGUGAGAUGGCCCGUCACCGUGAGUCUCGCCACGGCCUCGAUGGCGAGCCGGCCGGCGAGUGUCGCCACGGAAGCGAAGACAAGCAGGCCGGCCAGCGUCGCGCCCACCACGGUUAGCUCGUCGAGGUCCGGGAGCACGGUGGUGGACACGAUGGGGUGGUACGGAGCCGCGUACGCCUCCAGUGGAUGCCAUGGCCACGGCCACUGCCAUGGGCACGGAGGAGGUGGCGGUGGCUGCGGUGGCGGCGGAGGAAGUGGCGGUGGUGGCGGUGGAUGCGGUGGCGGCGGAGGUGGUGGUGGUGGUGGCGGUGGCGGUGGCUGCGGCGGCUGCUAAAGUUCUGGUUGAUUCUUUCGGUCUUGUGGUGCAUGCACGGCGUAUUAAUGGCUGCGCGUGGUUAUCUUAAUUGAGUCAGUCUAGUCAUGUUAGUUUCAGGAUCAUGUAUAACGACCAUGGUGUUCUUUUAGCGUACAACCAUUGUGCUCGUUAGCUGCGGAUUCGUGUUUCGGUUAGUUAUUACUAGCAAAAAGACCCGCGCGUUGUAACGAAAAAGAAAAUAUCACACUCUUAAUUUAUAAAAAUGGUCUGUAAUAAGAGAAUUUGUAGUUACGGCCCAAAUAAAGAUGGGCUUAGCCUACAAAAGCGCAGUUCAA